AUGGAUGUGGAAGACAAGCUCGCAUUGCCUGGCAGCGACCACGUGAAGAAGAAGAAGGGUGUGCUCCGAGAUCUAGUUUGGGUGCUUGACACCGGCUCGCCCAAGGCGAAGGAGGUGGCACUACGGGAGAUUGUGAACCUCUAUGUCGUGUCGCCGAGCAUGGCAAUGGUCGACCACUUGGUGGUCUCUGGCUACCUCGAUCGUGCUCUGCUCUUGCUAUGGGGCGGCAAAGUGUGCGUCCAGGAGCAUGUGCUGAAGGCAGUGUCGUGCCUCGGAGGCGUGUCGAAAGCUGUGAAGAAGGCAAUGGGGGACUUGAGGUUCAUCCCUGAGUUGGUGCGACUUCUUGAAGCGCGGUCGCUCCAAGUGCGUGAGAUGACAGCGGAGGCGCUCACCGGCAUGAUAUCGGUCCACAAGAACCGAAAACUAUUUGUGAAAGAGGAAGAGAACCUGAGCUGGCUGCUGAACCCGGAGGAGAAGUCAGCGACGAAGAAAUUUCUAGUGGCAACACUCGUGACCUUAACUGACAGCAUGAGUGUGUGGUGGAGGAUUGCGAUGUCGAGCUACGUCAACCACUUGGAGAAGCUGGCGGAGAUAGACGUGAUGAACUCGAAGAAGGUCAUCAAGAAGUUGUUGUCAGCCAACAGAUUAAGGAGCAUGUUCACCGAAAUUUGGAGCUCAUUAUUCCUUCGAUUCACCAUUACAGCAAUUGAUUCCUGA